CAACUUCCCAGAGAGAGAUGAAGAUGGGUUUUCAAUUUGUAAUGGUUUUGGCCUUAUUUGCCACUUCUUCAAUGGCUCAGGCUCCCGGCGCUGCUCCGGCUCAGCCACCCACCACUCCGGCCGUUCCUCCGCCGUCUACUCCUCCCCCAGUAGUCGCUCCCGCCACUCCACCACCGGCUGCAACCCCACCUCCCGCCACUCCUCCACCAGCCGUGACCCCACCUCCUAGCCAACCACCAUCAUCCCCACCGACCCAACCACCAGCUUCACCUCCUACAUCACCAACCCCACCACCAAAGGAAGGUCCGGCCUCAUCUCCGACUCCAUCCUCUGCUUCGCCGCCAUCACCACCCUCGGAAGGAAUGGUCCCGUCCGCUAGCCCUGGACCCAACUCGCCGCCACCUCCACCGGGAGACAACGGCGCAGCCACGGUAAGCCGGGGAGUGAUGGUGGGCGGUGCUGUGGCAGGAGCUCUGUUGGCAAUGGUGUUUGCUUAGAUAGAUUUGUUGAGGGAAUUUAAAAUUGAAAUUGAUGUAGUGUUCUUUGCUUAAAAUUUGGUGUAUGUUUUGUGGAUUUGGAGUUUGAUUAUUGAUUUGUUGUUGUUCUUCGGUGAUUCAUUAUUCUAAUUGUUGGUUACAUAUCA